UUUCCUAAUUCCUAAUUCAUAUAAUUCCUAUUGACGUGAGAAGUGAGAAGUGAAGAAGCUAGCUAACGUUGAAUUGAAGAAGAAAGGCAAGCGCCAGAAGUAAGUGAGAUGGCGGCGAAAGCGGCGGUCGUCGUCGGAGGAGGAGAAGGGCGGUACUCGACGACGUUGUACAAGGAGGUGUUGCCGUUCGUGGCUUUGGUGGCGAUGGAAUGCAUAAAUGUAGGGCUAAACACGUUGUUCAAAGCCGCAACUAAUCACGGCAUGAAUAACCACGUCUUCAUCGUCUACGCUUAUGCCGUCGCCGCCGUCUGUCUCCUCCCCGCUCCCUUCUUCUCCAACAGAUCAACAGUGCUUCCUCCACUUAACGCCUCCAUCAUGCUCCGGAUUUUCCUUCUCGGCGUAAUCGGAUGCACGUCGCAGAUAAUGGGGUACACAGGAAUCAACUACAGCUCUCCGACUCUUGCUUCUGCCAUCAGCAACCUUGUCCCGGCUUUUACUUUCAUUCUCGCACUCAUUUUCAGGAUGGAAACAGUAGUGUUUAGGAGUGCAACUAGCAGGGCAAAGGUUGUGGGAACUAUAGUGUCAGUAACAGGAGCAUUCGUAGUAACUUUGUACCAAGGCCCCACAAUAGCAUUCACUACUACUUCACCAUCAAACGCAAUCCAACUUCUCACCUCCACACAACCAAACUGGAUGUUAGGUGGCCUUUUUCUUACAACUGAGUAUCUUUUGGUCCCAAUGUGGUAUAUAGUCCAGACACAAAUCAUGAAGGUAUACCCAGCAGAAAUGACUGUGGUCUUCUUCUACAACCUAACCGUUAGCAUCCUUGCUGCAAUCGUGGGUGUUUUCAUGGUACCAGACCUUAAUCAAUGGCGGAUUAGGCUCGAUAUCUCACUAGUCUCAAUCCUAUGUUCAGGGAUCUUUGGGUCUUUUGUGAACAAUACCAUCCACACAUGGGCAUUGAGAGUGAAAGGCCCAGUGUAUGUAGCAAUGUUCAAGCCACUGUCAAUUGCCAUAGCAGUGGCCAUGGGAGUGAUACUCUUGGGUGAUACUCUCUAUUUGGGAAGCAUUAUUGGAGCAACAAUCAUAGCCAUGGGAUUCUACACUGUACUGUGGGGUAAAGCUCAAGAACAGAAUGACUACUACAAAGAGAGUGAUGAUUUGGAGUCUCCUACUGCUGAAAAGUUACCCUUGUUACAAAGUUAUAAACACCAAGACGUGUCAAACAGGUAGGCCAUCAGACAGAUCAAAUCAUCAAAUGUGAUUUGGCAAAAAUUGUUGUAUGUAAAAUAUCUGUGCAGCAUAUGAAUAGAAGAUCCUAAGCUGGAAACUUGCCUCCUUAGAAGCUAAGCUAUGUACAGUUCAGUAGUAGUUAUGUAAGAUACAAAAUAGGCUGCCGGUAGGAGGAAUGUGCUACCAAUGUUUCCUGUUUGUAUGUAUACCUAAAUGGAAAGGACAUAUUACUACAUUCUAGCA